AUGCGCUUCUUCCAGGCUAUCCUUUCUUCCGCGGCCUUUGCUGCUCUCAUCGCCGCCCUCGAGAUCAACGACUUCCCUGCCCAGGGUGUCGUUGCUGGCAACACCUACACCAUCACCUACUCGCCGGCCGAUGAUGUCCCCACCACCUUCAUCCUCCGCCAGGGACUGUCUACCGACCUUGAUACCAUUGGCACUCUGACCACCACUGCUACCGGUGGAAAGUUCCAGUGGACCCCAAGCAAGGACCUCCCCAACGAGUCCGACUAUGCUCUUGAGAUCAAGCGCGGCGACACCGUCAACUACUCUGCCCAGUUCCCUCUUACUGGUGGCGCUGCCUCCGACAGCAAUCCCGUCUCUUCCAGCUCGGCUUCUGCCUCCCCCUCGUCUUCCGCCGAGCCCUCUUCUUCGGCUUCUCCUAGCCCUUCGGCUUCCGCUUCCUCUUCCAUGACCUCGGCUGCUUCCAGCACCCCCUCGGCCCCUGUUUCCACUCCCGCUGGCAACUCCACCGUCAGCUCUGUUACUCUCUCCCGUACCCAUUCGCCUACGGCUCCCAGCACUCCCACCGGCUCUGCCAGCGUCCCCGAAGUCACCACUUCCGGCGCUGGCUCUCUCGCCAACCCUCUUGCCGCCAUUGUCGGCGCUGCUGCUGCUCUGCUCUACUUCGCCUAA